AUGGCACUUCUCACGGUGUUAUACGUUCUACUUGGUUCAAUUUCUUUUAUUAUCUUCUAUAUUUACUGGAAAUAUAUAUAUACUAAGAAAUGUCUUUAUCAUAUGUUUCGUAAUCAAGGUAUACCAUGUGAACCGUUUGUUCCAUUUGUCGGACAACUAUCUGAUAUACGCCGUGCGAGCGUUAAUGAUAAUGCCAUGGACUAUCGACUCGCUUUAGCGAAAAAACAUGGUUACGUCUACGUUUCGGGAUUCGGCCCAUCGAUACAUUUGAAUGUAAUGGAACCAGACAUGCUUGCUGAUGUUUUUGGUCGGUCGCAUGCACAAGAUUAUAAUAAACCGGAAGAUACCGUGGCAGUUUUUGAGCCUCUUAUUGGUAAACACAAUCUACUGACGAGUGAAGGAGAGGAACAUGAUCGUGCACGAAAAAUGCUAAAUCCUGCGUUUAACUUCAUCAAAUUACAAUCCAUGAUUCCUAUCAUAGUCGAUCAGACAAGUAGAGCUAUCGAUGAUUUACUCUCAUCGGCAAAGCAAGGUCAAGUGGUCGAUUUACAAACAGAAUUUACUAAUCUCACUCUAGCAAUUAUUUCCUCAAGUGCGUUUGGUAAAAGUCUAGAAACCAUGAAGAAUGCAAAACAAAUUGUCAGUCACGCAUUCAAUGAUCUACUGGCAGCGAUAGCUUAUCGAACUAUGCGAGCAAUUAACGUGAUGCCAAUUAUUUGUCGAUUACCGUUUUGGCGUAAAAACAUCGUCGAUAAAGGCUCACGCGAGAUUUUUCAGUUUGUCGAUCAAAUAAUUGCUGACCGUCGAUCUCAUCGGUCAACUAGUUUAUCUACCAACGAAGAUCUUCUCGAUCUCCUUCUCACAGCAGUCGAUAACGAAGGAGAGUUUUUCAGUAAUGAAGAAAUUAAAGAUCAAGCGUUAACAUUUGUAUUUGCUGGACAUGAGACAACAGGCCAUUUGAUAACUUGGAUUAUGUACAUAUUAAUGACACACAAUGAUGUACUACAAGUUUGUCGCGAAGAAAUCGAUCGAGUACUUCCAAAUGGGACGCCACCUGACGCCGAACGUAUAAGUAAAUUAGUGGUAUGCGAAGCGAUCAUACAAGAAACACUUCGUUUGUAUCCACCAGCACCAUUCAUGAUACGAAAAUGUAUCCGUGAACACAUCAUCGGUAGUAAAGAACAUCGGCAAAUACAAGUUCCUGUUGGUGCAACCAUUCUACUUAAUAGUUAUGUUCUCCAUCGACGCGAAGAGUUUUGGCCAAGACCAGAAGAAUUUGAUUAUACACGUUGGAUUCGAGAUCCGAUAACAGGCCUCAAACCUAAACUAACUCAUCCAUUCUGUUAUUUACCAUUCGCUGCUGGACCACGAAAUUGUAUUGGUCAGAACUUUGCUCUACUCGAAGCCAAGAUCAUGUUGGCGGCACUUGUCCAACGAUGCCAGUUCGAACUAGAACCCGGCCAAAAGAUUAUCCCGGAAACUUGCGUCACUAUGUCACCAAAGUACGGACUACGAGCAAAGAUUGCUCAGCGAUAA